AUGACAAUCACAAUCACAACCACGACUAUAGCCGCAUUCGGCAAUCACUCAGGAGACGGAACAUUCUUCAAUCCGGGGCUUGGUGCUUGCGGCACGACAGCAAAUGAUAAUACGAUGGUUGUUGCAUUGGCAGCUCCAGACUUCGACCCACAUACUCCUCCUAGUGGAAAUUCAAAUCAGAAUUCCUUAUGCGGAAAACGUGUACGUAUUUUCCGAAAUGGGAAAUCAGUCGAUGCUACUAUUCAGGACAGAUGUCCACCACCUUGUAAAGUUGGGGACAUUGAUAUGUCGCCUGUGUGGAUAUUUACUUUGACCGGUUUAGAGUGA